AGCUCCAAUAUUUCGCACCAACAUGGAGCGUAAAUGUCAAACUUGGGACAUCUUGUGGCGAUCUUUUCUUACUUUUACUCUUUUCGCAACCACAAAUUCCAUUGCAUUUCGUCUAGACGACAGUCAAAGUGCAGUGAAACUAAUUCCGCUGACAAGAGUGAACCACAAUGGCGGUUUCCGAUUCCAUCGAGGGAACAACUUUCAAUUUGAAAGAGAAAUCAAAGAGUUGAAUGAGUUACGAUACAGAUUUCGGCGAAGUACCGGGGGUUCUGUCCGUGUUCACAAUAACACGAGGAUAUCAGAGGAGUUUGAACUCGACGGAGACAAUCAUACUGUGGCUUUCUUACACUGGUCGGGAAAAGACAGUUCGGUGAGUUUUAUAGCGUGCUACAAUGCAACAUGCUAUGGCGCGCAUAGUGAAUUUUAAUUUUGCUUAGUCAUGCUCUUCUGUUCUGAUAUAAACUCCAAGCUGAUAUAGCUCAAGCUUACAUGAAACUUUAUUCCAAUAAUCCAAAAUCGAUUUCGAGUACACUUUGAAUGCCACCAAUGACAUUAAACGCCUGAAAGUAGUUUAAUAAACUGCGGAAAUAAAUGUGAAUUUUAGAACAAAAAAAAAUUUUUAAUUUAAAAUUUAAAAAAAUAUAUCGUGAUAAACACAGUAGCUUAACGUUGACAUAGAGCCUCUCUCAGCCACCUUAUAAUAUUCCACUUCUAAUCCUUGUUCCAAAGUACUUUUUUAUUUGUUUUUUCCUAAGGAGCAAACCAUUUCAGAUGUCAAAGUGUUGAACACAGUUGUCAUGUAUCAAGAAUCGGAAGAAUUAGUUAGAGAUCUAAUUUCAGUUUCCGUUUUUUUUUUUUCAAAAGCAACACAUGUUGACCUGAAAUAAUAAAAGUUCAAUUGCCAGAAAAAGGCAAACUAGUUUGUUUUUACAAGUUCAUGCAGCAUCUCCCAGCUUGAUACUUUGACUACCAAGAAGAAAGAUGCAAAUUUUUACAUAAGAAAAUAAUCAAGCAAUAUUGAUAUGUUAUUCAAAGUUUCAUCUGAGUGUAAUUGUAGUCAUUGAACACUAUUUAGUAAACACAUUUUGUGCGUUUUGUCAUUUCGUAUUUAGUAAAUGCAUUUUAAACACAUUUUUAGUAAACACAUUUAAACACAUUUGCACCUUAUGAGUGCACCUAUGUCCAAAGAACUUUGCUAACAUGAUCAUAGCUCUGAACACUGAUAGCUGGUGGUGAAAGGUUUGUGGGGGAAUGACUAGGUUUUGGGAGGGUGAUUUAAGCAUCACUGUUGAUGGAAAAAAGAAGCAUGUGAAAGUAUUCUAUCUGUUGUUACGUUAGAGUAUGGGUUAAUAUUAGCUGUUAUUCUUGAGGAAGAAAAAGGAAAGUUUUGUCAAUUUUUAACAACCCAAAGAUAUUUUUAUCUGUCUACUUCCUGCAUACUUCACAGCAGAAAAGGCUUUCACUGAGGAUCCCUCAUUUUUCUCCUGCUGUAGGCCACACCUCAUUCGAGGAUUUCUAUCCUAAUGUAGUUCCUUUCUUUUUUAUCAGUGCCAUUUUAGUUAGCCAGCAAGGCUCUGCUGCAUCAAAAGUUUUUUUGGGGGUUUCCUGUGUUCUCUUGAGGUUUCUUUUUUUUAUUUUUUUUUUUGGGUGUGUAAAGAUAAAGAAGAAAAUCCUCAUGAAAAAAUUGUUAAGAAAAUCUGAAUUUAGACUCCUUGUGACAAUGCUAUGAAUUUUUUUGUAGGUUAUUUACAUAUACACCUGUGGAAAAGUCAAUCAAACUGAAAGUGGAAAUUUUAUCUGUGAGGAUGGUUUUUUUUGGAGGUUAGUUCACCUGUUGAUUGUGUGUCAUUUGAAUGCGGUCAUGAUAUUUUUGAUAUCUGGCUCAUCUGUUUUGUCAUCAAUGUGUUCUCAUAAUGAUAUGGUGGGUUGAAAUAAAAAUUGGUGACUUCUACACACAUGGGUAUUCAUCAAGAAUUUAUUGUAGAACUUAACUAUGUUUUUAGGCAAUUUUUGUCUUAGUUAUACAACCUGUAGGAACUUAAGUACCCUGUCUCUUAAAGACUUUUAAAAAAACUUUUUUUUAAAUAGUCGUAGGUCUAGUUUUAUUUAAAUAAUAAUUUGUACUUUUUGUAGAUAUUUAGUUUACUUUUUGUUCUGCCCUUAAAAACCACUUUGAGUGAUGGAGUAGUUCUUAAAAUACAUACUUUAAUAUCAUCAUCAUUAUUAUUAUUAUUAGUCCAGGUCAAAAAGGCAAUCAUUUGGUCACAUGCUAUAAAUGUGAGUGGAUUUAAAAAGAAAAAAAAAAAAACAGCCAGCUUUCUUUAAGUUACUGACUUAAAUGUUUUUAAAAUUGGACAUGAUAGAUAUACCCAGUGGGUUUGAAAUCAAGGUCAAAUUGGCAAUCAUUUUGUCACAUGAAAUGAAUGUGAGUGGAUUAAAAAAAAAAGGGAGCAAAGGUAAACAGCUACGUGUAACUUUCUUGAAGUUAAUUAACGAGAGGGAGCGAUAUAUAUAUUUAUAUAAUAAGCUCAAUUAUGCACGCAUUCUGAUUGGUUCUCACUUAUGAUCUAUAGGAGGACAGACGUAUAGAUGAUGUCAUCAUUAAAACUUUUUGAAAUUCUUUAUUAUAUAAAACAAAUAGAUUCCAAGUUGCCGUGUGUCUGUUCAGUAAUAGAUCACAGAGGACGUCAAAAUGUGGUAAGAACAUCAGUGACACACUCGGCUGCGCCUCGUGUGCCACUUUUUUGUCCUUACCACAUUUUGACGUCAUCUGUGAUCUAUUACUGAACAGACGCAUGGCAACUUGGAAUCUAUUUGUUAAGUGUCAUUUCUUAAAUAUUGUAGUAGGUCAGCUUAUUUUAAAAUAUUACAAUAUUUACUCUUGAAUUCCAUUAUAUAAAUAGAGAAUUAAUGGUUCUGAUUGUAUUAGAUAACACCGUAAAAAAAUACAUUUACAAAAAAAGAGGUGAGAGUGCAAACUCUGUAGGAAAUAUAUAUUGAACUUGCUCAAUGAGCCACAACAUUUGCCUGAAAUAAAAACUCAAAACUUCUUACAAAAUUCCAAACAAAGGAGUAACAAAUUUACAUGAACAAAGUCUCAAAAACAACGAACUAAAACUCCCAGGAAAAAAACUAAAAAGUACUCAAAAAAUGUCUGCGUCAGUUUCCAAUGUCAAGGGAAGAGCUCUUUGACAUGAUUGGCUAAUUUGUGAAAUCAUGCGUGCCGUGCGUGAAUACAAAAAGAAUGCAAAGGGGGAGAGGAAGAGAAAAGUUGUUGCUUGAAAUUUAAAAGCAUAAGAGAUUUUCUGCCAAUGCCAUGCAAUUGAUAAAUUGCUAUCCAGAAGAUAAGUGUGCACAAAAUGUACUGUGUUAUCCACUAUUUAGAGAUUUAUCCAGUGGAUAGCAUUACUCAGCCUUCUGGGUCUAAUUUAAUAUGUAUGUAUGCUAAGGCCAGUUGGAUUUCCAGUAUCCAUUCAAGAUAUGGCUCACACAAUACUCAUCCUAACGUAACAACAACAACAACAACAUACUUUAUUGACUUUCCCCAAGGGGGCUUUUCAAAGACAAUGUUAUAAAAAUAAUCCUAUUACAAUUAAAAAAUCCUAUUUACAAUUAAAGAUGUUUUAAAAUCUGAACGUCCUUUAAUGAGCAUUUUGAUUCACCUUUAUUUUUAUAAUCUUACAUUUUUUUCAGAUCCACAGACUAUGGAACCACUUUCAAACAUGAAGAUUAUAAAUUUAAAAAUCAACCCACCAAUAACAUUGAUUUUUGCUCAAGCAAUUACACGAUGGUUAGUUAUUUGGCUGUAGACAUCCUAUCCUCAAUCAGUCUUCUACCCUCUUGAGAAAGCAAUUUUUCUUCUUGUCAUACUGGUGUAAUUUCUCAUUGGUAAAUUGUAGCAGAGUCAAAGAAAAUCUUUUCAGUGUUCUCAUGUGCUUUCCAUUUUAUUUUUGGUGAAAAUUCAUUGUGCAAAAUAAUUUUACUUCAAUUCAAAAAUGAGUCUGAUAAAUGAUAAGUUCUGUAAAUUAUGUAACAUUACAAUUUUUGGAGGCUGUAGUGUCUAAAACAGUAAUUUGGAUAAUUUUCCAGAAACAUUUUUAGUUUUAUGCAGUAUUUUGCCUGCCAAUAAUAAAUUCCAACCAGCAUUUGACUAGUUACUUGCUGCUAAGGGCAUUUGCUGCAAUAGUGUUAAGUCUCUACACAUUUGAAGAUUGGGCAUAGGUUCUGUUCACAGGCUUUUUCAAAGUCACUGCUUGGCGAUCUAGAAUCAUAAAUGUUGGCCAGGAAUCAACAUCUUAGUUGCCAGAAAAGAAAAAAAUGUGCUAUAUAACUGGUCCUACCACAUGUAUAUGCUUAUAUCUUUGAACUAAGCAAUACCCCUGGAAACUGUUUUCAAAGGUUCUAGCAUCAUCUCAGACAACUUAAGAGGAAGAGGUGGUAUCAUAUAUAAGAGCAUGACUAGUAUUUAUUUUAAUAAUACACUGUGCCAACUUUCAUUUCACCUUUAAUUUAGAUCACAAACAUGUUGCAGCCUCUUACAGAACUGAGGAAGAUGUGUCAUUAAAUUGACAAACUUUUUCGGUGCAAAUUUACAUGUUAUAAUUUGUGUGAACAGUUGUGAACAGCUGUGGCUUGGACUGGACUGGACCGCUUGGUCUUUGUGGACAAUUAGUUUCUCAAUCAAAAAUUUUUUUUCAGAUAUCUGCUUUUGACUGAGAAUUCUUUUUGUUCAUUUUUGUUUUUAGGUUAUGGUCAGUGUCUCAGUACCUAAAAAAAGUUAUCUGUACGUCUCAUAUGAUGAAGGAAAAACAUUUGCAUCUCAGCCCUUGUCUUUUACACCUCAUGUGGUUUCAUGUAGUCCUGUAUCAUAUAAAGUUUUGGUUGCUCAAGAUCAGGACACCAAAAAGGUUUGUGGAAUUAGCUAUUCUCUCUUAAAGGUAACUGAGCCUCAAAGGAUCUGAAUAAAGAGGGUAAAUUUCCGAAGGAAUUGGGGUAUUGUGUUGGCAGUCUACAGCCUUUCCCUUCAUCUAGGCAGCACAGAAAGCCACAAAACAAAAGAAAUUAUCUUUCCAAUUGGCACUCAUACACUUUGUUCUUGCCUGGCCCCUUUUUCUCUUUGUAAACCACACACAACCCACAAUUGCUCCACUCACUCUAAAAAUUAAAAGGCUAAUUCUUGAAAUGUCAGUAUUACAAAUCUCUUUAUGGUGACCAAAACUUAAUUGUUUAUCAACCCAGUUUAUUAAAACCAAAUUUCUUCAUCUGAGCCUUGGUGUAUGAUAGUUUUGGACUGUGUUUGGUUUUCUUUUGAGCUGUGUCUUUUCGUUCUGUUUCAGAUUUAUUACAUGAAUGAUGGUGAACGAUGGAUACAUCUAGCAGAUACUGUCUUGAGACAUUAUUGGUGAGAAUAUCAUAAUGUUGAUUGACAUCCAAUUUCUCCUUUUGCGUCCUCAAAUUGAAUAUAAAGCUCAAGAAAAAAAUGGAAAUGAUCACCAAUUUAAAGAAGGUCUUGAUUGUUAAACAAAUUCUCCUUGUCGGUACUAUAGGAAAUGUGACAAAAACAGUGAAGAGAAUUUGAAUACUGAUGUUAGGGUGUAAAUGGUUGAAGGAAGCAUAUCUAAAUAUCAUAUUUGAAUCGGAGGUCAAAGAUGUGAUAGUUAGAGGAAAGAUCAUCUCAGGUAUGAAUACAACCUCAAUGGUUGUGAAAUUAAAGCCUGAAAAAAAAAAUUCAGACUUGAACUGAGAUACUAGUGCAGAGCUAGAAUUAACUAGAAUUUUUGAGGGUGCCACUGAAAAAUGCCUCAGCAAGUUGGUUUCCUUCAUUAAUUAUUAUUAUAAUAUUAUUAUUAUUAUUAUUAUUAUUAUUACUAUUACUAUUAUUAUGUUGCACUGAUUUGUGAAGCCAGUAAAGAGCUGGAACUAGUUGUUAGAGGGGUGUAUUCACUGAAAAAUCUCUAUCCUGUGGAAAGCGCAGUACACGUACAGUGUACAGUAUAUUUUGUUAAAACAAUAAUCCACUGGAUAAGGAUUUAUCUAUUGGAUAGUGUAAUCUCCUCUGUGAACAACUGGUUCCUGGCCGUUAUGAGAGCUCUUAAGAACACAUUGAAGGAUGAGUAUGCAAAACAAGGGACAAAACAUUGAAAAAGUUGAAAUCUCCAAUUUUAUAUAUCAACAUAUGUUCCAGAUCAGUUGUCUCUGAUUUGCUGAAUUUCUGAUUGAUUUUAAAAAAAAUUAUACAGGGCACCAAAUCAAGGUGGCAAGAAGUCAGAGUUACUCCUUGAGGUUCAGAACCCAAAUAAGUAUCGUAAGUUACUCUUCUUCAUCUCUUUUUCUGUCAAAAACUUGUCAAGCUCAAUUGAUAGAUCACUUGUUUUAAAAUCACAUUUGAUACAGAGAGAUCUGCACGUGUUUGUGUUAUAUUAACCUCAGACUGAGAUAUUUAUCAAAUACCACAAUUUCUUUCAAAAUAAAUUGUGUUUAUUAAUUGUUGUUUAUUAAUUUGAACAAGUAAAAGUUAUUUUCAACCGUGGAAGAACACUUUCAAAGCUAUUUCACUGUCUCUCAUGAAACAAGAACUGAGUAUUUUACGUACAGGAAGAUGAGCUCAGGUUUUAAAUUUGUUGUGUUUGCAGCCAAUCUUUGCCAAGACUGUAUUACUUGUGAGUAAAUGAAGUGAAGUCCAUUUUGUAUCGUAGAACCUCUUUGGAAGAAAACAAAUUAUAUUUCUCGGAAUCACUUCACUGUUUUUAAAUUAAUUAGUAUUUCUUCCAAACUCACUAAAUCAUGAAAACCUGAACUGUGUCUAGAUUGCUAUUUCAUUAUGAAUGACCCAUGGAAGGGCAGAACACAAUUUUAAUGAAUACUAAUUGAAUAUUAAUUUGAUAUAAAUCUACUUCAAUAUUACUUCUGAACUUGCAAAUUGUCAGUAAGAGCUCCUAAUAAUAAUAAUAAUAAUAAUAAUAAUAAUAAUAAUAAUAAUAAUAAUAAUAAUGAUAAUAAUAAUAAUGAUAAUAAUAAUAAUGAUAAUAAUAAUAAUAAGCUUUAUUUGAAAUUCAAAAUAAUGGAUCAGAUAGACUAAAAAGACUCUCUGGUAUUAACCCAUGUGCACAUAUGUAGUAUAAAAUCUGUAUAUAAUAAAAUUAUAAUAAAUACGUAAAAAAGGACUAAAAAUAUCAUGAUACAAAAUAGUAAAAAUAAGAAUUUAUAAGAAUAAAUAAAUUAUCCUUGCCUAACUCAGAUUGAGGGUUUUGUCAAUACUGUGCAACAAGUUAGAAUUACACAAAAAUUAUUUGACUUAAACAUGUAACUUCCUCUGACCUGAAAAAAAUCCUGAAAACUAGCUUGUAAGUGUUUCUCAUCAUGUGUAUUUGUACAAUAAACCAGCAGGUAUGUUUGUAUUUAUGCAUUUAUGUUUUCAGCCAAGGGAGACUGACAGUAUUUUUGUUCUUGGGUGGGAUGCUUUAUUCCCACCAUGUUCCUCUUAACCGAAAAGAAGGGAUUGUCACAAUUUUUAAUGAAAUUAAUUCCAUUUGACCUGGGAAUGAAAAUCAGGCAAAGAAAUGAUCUGGGCAGGUUGACAGCAAUUUAAGUAAUUGCAGAAAAUAAAUUUUAAAAAAAUUUAGCCAGUGAUAGGAUUCAAAUGCCUUCCUCACAGGUUUGUACCUUAGCUAGUUUAAUACUCAACUGGUAUCAGCAAAGUACAAGUUUGAAUCCUGUCAAAGCUUGAAUUGUGAAGGAUGACCCAUGCAUACAUACAUACAUGCAUUUUUUAUUACUUUCUAAUACCAAUUUACAAGUUUUUAUGUGCCUUACAGUAGCUUGAGUGCUGUUCUGGGGUGGUUUUAUGUUUCAGGUAAACUAUUACAACUGCAUUAACAAUUGAAAGUACUUAUUCAGCCUUUAUUAGUGCAGGAUUUUAGGGUAACAUCUGAAGGGACAAGGCACCCUUAAAUGGUCUUCUGUACACUUCCCUGGAAAAUGUAAAUGCUUAUACAACUGUAACUUUUUUUUCCACUGCAGAUACAUCAUUUUUAAAGCAUGCUUUCUUGCCUUGUGAUAAAGAUUGUUUGAAGGAUUUUGAUAAAUUUCUGGGACCAUUCUCAUCUCAUUCCUUAAAGGUGGAGGGGAAAUAUGUGUUUGUUGAGGUAAGAGAACCUAUUUUGGGGAAGACAAAACCAACAGACCCUUGUGUUACUGUGAUGGGUUGAACCCUCAGAACCAUCCUUUGGUGUGGGUGAAUCCUUCUUCCAUGAUCUGAUGAGGAAAUCUCUCGUCCAAGGACUUUUUAUUUCACUACAGACAAUUUGUGAUCAGUUAUCUGUUAAAUAAUUUGCUAACUUAAGAAUGCAGCAUUAUCCAUGAAAUUGAACUUUUUUUUGACAUAAAGGACCCUCUUGGUUAUUCUUAUUUGUUGAAAAUUUUGGUCAUUUGUGACUGUGGAAACAUUGACUUUUCACUUGAUUUUGAUCAGCUGUUGUGCUUUUUUUUUUUUUCUCAAAACACAAUUAUGUUGUUGACUUAAAUUAUAUUUUUGGUAUUGUCUGUCACACCAAUUAUAUUGAUUCAGAAGCCUGUACCAACAUAAAAUGCCAAUUGAAUGCAAUCAUUUUUGUACAGCUUGUUCAAAUAAUAUAGAGAUUAAAGAAUUGGUGUGAAGUAGAGGUGUUUAGAGAGAUUAAGUCAGUAAGUAAGAGACUUUAUUUUGUGAGGGUAACACUUGACAGUGAUUGAAAUAAUUGACAAAGUUGUGGCCCCUGAGUGAGUCGAAGAUUUUUAAAGGGGUACCAAGUCAACUAAUGAGUCUGAGAUCUUUUGAUAUUGCAGAAAUAUACCUACAACACAGACUUGUAUGUUUUCUACAAAAGCAACUCCAGCAAAAAUUUUUUCCAAAAGGCACAGUUCCCUCCUGAUAUUGAGAAAAAGGUAGGCUUAUUUGCAAAAUUAUAUAAUUAGAUACUUGUGGAAAUAAUCCUGCAAUUUGUUACUUCUCGUACAGAAGGCAAUUAAUCCAAUGCAAGGAAAAUUAUGAGGAAAUGGAUCUUUAUGUUUUAAUAAAGGAAAUGUAGUUUUUGAAGAUUUUAACAUUUUUUUUCUAGAUUUCACUUUUACAUUUAUAAAUCAUAUCAGUCUGCUUUAUUGAGGUAGUCUUGGUUAUUACAAGUUUUUUUCUACUAGAGGCAUAUCCAAGUUAAACAUUUUAACUGCAUAUUUUCUACUGACCUAGUUGACCUAGUUGUCAAAAUAUUCUGGGCUUUCCUUUUUUUUUAGGACGACGUAGCAUUGCAAGCUCCGAUCGUUUAUUCGGCCUGCCAUGUUUGAUUUGGAGUGGACGGUGGGGAGGGGACUGGAUUUCUAUUGUCCCAUCCUCUCCUCUCUCCUUCCUUUUGACCGUCACUCACCCCCCUUGGUACAAAUUUCAUUCUCUCCCCAGCCUUCCGCUGCUGUAAAAAUAAAAGAUGGCAGGUAUAAUUUCAUCAAGAAAAUACUGAUAACUCGCUCGCCAAAAUCACGCCAGCUCUGCAGGCUAAGGCUUUCCUGAUCUUAUAUUGUUUGAUAAAACUCUAAUAUCGACUAAGAAGGUGGAUGUCAGUACCACUGAUGUAAGUUUCUUUUUUUUUUUUCACAGUCGUACACUAUUGUUGAUGCUAAUGAAGGAGAAGUGAUGGUUGUUGUAAGACAUGAAAAAGAACACGAUGGUCGGGAUUAUUACAACUUGUAUGUAUCAGAUCUCACUGGAGUGAAGUAUUCUCUGUCUUUGGAAAAUAUCCUCAGUGACAGGACUCCAAUUUGGGGAAAAAAUACAACACUAGUGGAUCUUCACAGGGUUAGUAACAUAAACGCUUAUCAUUUUGCAACCCAUCAAGUACAUAGAGUAAUUUUCAAUUGAAUUUCCAAGGUAAUCCAUGAUUACAUUUAAACUCACGCUGCUCUCUCAACCAAUCAGAUGCAAAUUUAAAACCAUCGUGACUUGGUCGCAUUUUCCUGCGCCUACGGACAGUUGAUUGUUUUACUUUGAGUUUUCAUUAGCUCUUCAAAGUAAGGCAUAACUAAGCUCACUGUCUGAAGCGCGGGAUAACGCGGGUGACCGAGUUACGACUGGUUCUUGUUUUGAAUCUGAUUGGUUGAGAAAGUGGGUUUUCUGGAGCAAGCAAACGCGAAAGUAAGGCAAAAGCAAGGAAACUGCUAGACGCGCAAGAAAAGGCGGGUGACCGAGCAACAAUCGGUCUUAGUUUUGAAUCUAUUGGUUGAGAAAGUGGCUUGAGGUUUUUUGGACCAAUCAAACACCACAGGAAAGCAAAACCAAAGCUAUAUCGGUUUACUUUUGACACUCAAUUUAAACUUGCUCUGUCACAAAUAUUUUUUUGUUACUGGUUUUUUGUAGGUUAAAAGUCUCAAUGGAACGUACCUCGCGAAUGUGUUCAUCCCAGAUGGUGAUGGAGGAAGUAAUGUAAAAUUUAGAUCUGUGAUUACAUUUAACAAGGGAGGUGAAUGGUUUCCACUGAAAGCCCCAUUAGUUGACCAUAGAGGAAACCCUACAAACUGCCACCCGGUGUGUUUGCAUGACUUUUUUAUGAUUUUUAUGAUUAAAAACUAUAUGCGUUAAAUGUUCAGUUUCAGCUUUACUCCAAUAUCUGUCUCUUUAUCAACCCUUUACACCCUAAUAUUACUAUUCAUAUUCUCCAAACUCCUCUCUAAUCCCAUGGAGCUGACAAGGAGAAUUACCUGAACAAUCAGGAGCUUCUUAAACUGGUGAUCGUUUCCCUUAUUGUCGUGACCUUUCCAUUUGGUUCAGGAUGAUACUGCGAGAAGAAAUUCGUGGACCAAUCACAUAACUAAGUGAAGUGAACCCAAAGCAAUCUUGGAUUAUUUUCAGCACUCAUCUGAAUAUUUCUCUUCCUGACUAGAUCAGCUAAGUAAUUCUCCCCUCUAUCUGCCGUAAAAUUCCAUGUCGACUAGCUAAGAGAAUGUGGCUUUGUAUGAGUUGGUAAAAUUGUCGAUUCUCGUCAUCUGUUUGCUGGUCAUCGUAAGAAAAUUGCUAUGAGAAGUUUCUUGUUCACCUUUUUUGAUAGUUGAAGUGUUAUUAUUCAGUAUUAUAUAUUGAAAUGUUGUAUGCAACAUUUCCAAAGGUUUUGAAUUUUGGUAGGCUAGGAAUUGAACCAGUUUUUGUAAAAAUCUCUCUGCAGCCCAAAUGUUCUCUACACGUUCAUAUGGUGCUGGGCCGAUGGUAUUUGUACAUCCCUCCUGUUCUGUCAUCUUCCUCAGCCGUGGGAAUCAUUGUGGCUCAAGGUAAUGUACUUUCUACAGAUUCAGAAUUCAAGCACAAUUCAGUAAUUACAAUGGAGUGAAAUAAAGGAGAAGAAGGAUGGUUAGUUUUUGAGCUAGAGAGGUGGUGAAAUUUUGAACGAAAGAAAUGGUAAAUUUUUUAACAAGAGAAAUGACAAAAUUUUGAACAAGAGAGAUAGUAAAUUUUUGAGCAAGAGAGAUGGUAACUUCUUGAACAGGAGAGUCGUUAAAUUUUUGAAGAAGAAAGAAUGUUAAAUAUUGAACUCGAGUGAUGCUGGAUUUUUGAAUAAGAAAGAUAGUUCAUUUCUGAAGGAGAGGAAUGAUAGAUUUGAUAUGAAGUGAAGUGGUUAAAUUUUAAAUGAGAGAAAUGGUAAAUUUUUUAAUUUUAGCGAUCGUUCAUGUUCCAAUCAUUAAGGUGAUAAAUUGUUUAACCAGACAAUGAAAGGAUUAAAGAGAUUUUGUUCACUAAUAUGAAAACUGUUUUAAAACAAAUGAUUCAAUAUUCACCCUCAGGUAACUUAGGCAGUGGUUUAGGUGAAAGAUCGGUUGGCCUUUAUCUAUCAAGGGACGGAGGAUUAUCAUGGACCAAGGUGAGAGAACGAGUCAUUGGAGAAGAGGCCUUCUCUGAAAUGGCGAUCGAAGUGAAAAUGAUUUCAGAAGGAAUUAAGCAAUUGAGAUAAUGAAAAGUAUAAGAUCAUACAUUUUCGUGGCUGAUACAACACUCUAUGACGCGGCCAAUAUUCUGAGUUCCCGCGUGUAUAUAUAUUUUUUUUUUUGUUAACUCUUUUUCGAGGCUGGAUAUGCAAGGCCAAUGGUUUUUAUCCUCAGAGACUCAAAUUAACUGUUUUUUUUUUCUAUAUGGAGAGUUUCCCAAUGAUCAGCCGUCGUUUUGAACAUGGAUAUAUUUGUUCCGUCAGUAAAGGCCUCAUGUAAUUUAUUUUACUCAUUUGAAGUGGUAAUUUUCGACAGGAAUUUGACGGCUACCAUGAUUUUGUUAUCGGAGAUCAUGGUGGUAUUUUGGCAGCAGUCCCGCUCGUACGGAACGCUGACACAGUGUGGUAAGGUCUUCGUUUUAUGAUGCACAUGAUUGUCAGCCCGAAAUGCUCGACCUUUGACCACCCUGUUCCUUGGAGCCGCGCAUAUAAUUUUCUUUCUGGAUACCGGUGGCUACCAUUGUUUUGUGUUUAACCUCAUGUAAAUCACAAAAUAAUUCUUUUGCAGGUAUAGUUGCACUGAAGGACAGGCUUGGAAAAAUGUUUCUCUAGGAAAGGACCCAGUGACUGUUUUUGGCAUGGUCACUGAGCCGGGAGGAACAACUCUUAUAAUCAAGUAAGGAAUUCCUAUAUCUAUGCAGUUUAAAUAUGCUCCGAAACAAAACAGAGGUGAAUGACGCUCUUAUUGCAAACGUUUAAAUUUCAUUCCAUUGCAUUUUUUGCGGUUGGUGCAAAUAAUCAAAGUAAAAGAUCUUGUUCACUUUGUUGUUUCGGUGUCUAAAUCAUGUUGCACCUUAAGCAGGAUUAAAUUCUGAUUGUUUCAUGUUCGCUCAUAUUUUCCGCCUUUGGGGCCUGGAUAUCGGUGCCUACCGUGAGUUGUCAUUGGUUCCUUCGGUAAUUCUUCUUUAAUCUGAUUGGUUUGAUUUGAUUUUGCGGUACCCAAUCGGAAUGCGCACUGGUGGGUUUGUUGUCACGCUCCUUGAAAACUGCUCAGACUAGCAAUGUAGAAACCGUCCCUCGCAGGAAAACAGAAACUAAAUCAACGAACGCAAUGAUCCCCGCAAGUGGACUGUCAUUUCAGCAACUGCAGAAAAUAGUCUGAGAAAAUUCAGGCUUCGAUGAGAUUCGAACCCGUGGUUCCCAGAUACCAAUUUGGCGCUACUAUCAACUUUAACUUUAAGAGUUAAUUCGUAAAGCUGUGAAAGAGAAAUUAAAUCGUAUUUCCAUUUUGAAUUUACCAGUGUAUUUGGUCAGCAUACAGGCCGCACAUUUAAAUGGCUCUCGGUAAAACUGAACUUCACGUCAGUUCUCAACCAGAAGUGCCAAGCAGAUAACUAUACAACUUGGUCUCCCAACGAUGAGGUAACAACUAAGAAUUAUCGUCCUUAGAGCGGUUUUCUAUUGAGUGUUGAAAAAUUUUGCCGAGAGUUAUCUGGGAAUGCUUUGGUUUUCUUCAUUUUGCACCGUGAUUGGUUCAGAAAACUCAUGCCAUCUUCUCAACCAAUCAGAAGCAAAUCUGAUACCAAUCGCGUCUAGGUCACUCUCAUUUUCCCGCGCUUUUUUUUUGUUGUUUGUUUUCUGUUUUCAGUUUGCUCUUUUUUCUUCUCGUUUGCUCCUUGUGUUAUUUUUUCCUUUGGCAUUAUGGUUUUUACACUCAAUGGAACUGCGCUCUAGGACAAUCUAGGUAGUGUUAUACCGCCUCAAGUGAAGAGAAGAACAACUUUUAGGUAAAUUAGAUAAUAUUUAAUGUAUUAUAAUGUAGUCCAGAAAAAUUGAUUUAAGCUGACGAACUAAAACUUCAAAAGCAUAAAUGCAAAAGCCAGUUUCUCCAAUGAACUGCUGCCAUUUACAGAGCUUUAAUUUGAAGUAAUCAUUGUAAGUAGUAAUUGCACUAAAUCAUAACAGCCGAACGGUUCCGAAGUUUUUUCGAGGUUUUUUUUUCUUUUCUCUUUUUUAUCCCCUUUCAUGGAAGGAAAACUUACUGAAGCAAAAAUAUUGUGCUGUUACUUUGAAGCAAAUGGUGUAGUACCCAAAAGGAUACAUCCGUAUUAUGAUUAACAAAUAGAUUCCAAGUUGCUGUGCGUCUGUUCAGUGAUAGAUCACAGCUGACAUCAAAAUGUGGUAAGAACAAAAAAGUGGCACACGAGGCGCAGCCGAGUGUCACUGAUGUUCUUACCACAUUUUGACGUCCUCUGUGAUCUAUUACUGAGCAGACGCACGGCAACUUGGAAUCUAUUUGUUUUAUAUGAUAAAGAAUUUUUUAAAAAAAAUCAAUGAGACGUCAUCUAUACGUCUGUCUUUUAAGAGAUCAUAAAUGAGAACCAAUCAGAAUGCGUGCAUAACUGAGCUUAUUAUAUAAUAUUGUAUCGUAAAGGGUGGAAUUUGUGAGACGGCCAUUGCAACUUUUUUCCAAAAUGUUUCGCAGGUCUUGUCUUUAAGUAAUAAUAGUGAUACUGACCAGAACGAUAACAUUAACGAUUGCAAUAAGGUGAGUGAUAAUGUUAGCAAUAAUAAUUGUGAUAACGGUUUUAAUGAUAGGGAGUGAAACAGUUAUCUAGCGAUUCUAUUUUGUUGAAUAGAUCGCGGUUAUCCCACUGCAAUUUUCCUCCACUUAAGGCCAUCCUGAUUUUUCCUUUCGUUUUUUCUCUUGUAGCGUAUUGACGGGGAAUGUUUACUGGGUCAGCACUUUGUAUAUGAACGUCGCAAAAGCGGAGAUUGCUGCUUCAACGGAAAGGAAUACGAGAGAGAAAUCAAUAUUACAACUUGCGCCUGUGAAGAAGACGAUUUUGAAUGGUGAGUCACAAACGCAGUGCAGAAUUUGAUUCUGUAUGGGUUCAAGUAAAAGGUUUAUACUGUCUUUUAUUUCGCGGAUUUUUUUUCCGGCUGGCAGAUUUUUCUCGCGGGUGAAGGUUUAACGCCUAAAUACUCAGAAUUGUCAUACCACUUGGUGGACACUACUCGUUUUACUCUAACACGAAUUUUACAAUAAACUGAACGAUACAUACAUUUUGGUUAGGUUCUUAACCUGAUCUUUAGGAGUACAAAUGUGUAGAAGAAGUCGCAAUUAGCAACAUUGUGCUACUUUAUUAUAAACUCAUGUUGCCGUAAGUCUGUACAGUAAGAGAUCACAGAGGAAGUCAUGAUCUGUUAGGAACAUAAGGGACACGAUCAGUUCUACCUCAUCUGCCACCUUUUUGUUUUUACCACAUUUUGACGUCAGCAGACGCGCGGCAACGGACGGCGACUGGUGUAGCCAAUCAGAUUGCAGCAUAAAGUCUAAUAAGUUUAUAGUAAUAUUUUAUAUUUUUGUUUUUAAAUAAGUGACUUUGGCUACGAACACUCAGAGCUCUCUAAAGUGUGUGAGCCCACGGCCGACGCAGCUCCAGUGCCAGCUCAUUGCCCAGAGGGAAAAACGUAUCCGCACAGUCGUGGGUAAGAUUGAUAAACAACAUGAGAAGUUCCCUUUAGUUACUAAUUAAAGAAAAAUAAUCACAACGACCAUCAGAUUAAAAGAAAAUAUGACCAAUUAAGGAGAAAUCAAAGUAAAAAAAACAAAGAAAGGCAGAAGCAAAACUAAUGGAACAAGUAGUUAUUUUCGACACUGAAUGGGAAAUUUCUCUAUUAGUACAACAAUGGAUAAUGGAAGGGGACGAUGAAAAACCCGUUGAAUGAAGUAAGGUCCAUGUUGUGAGUGGCACACGUUGAAACCUCAAUUUUAUCUCAAAGAAAAACUUUUCCAUGUUUUUGAACGGACUGUAGUGGAACGCUCCAGUAUAUUUUUGGUGGUGUUAAGGUUUCUUCGUUCUAUUACAGUUACAGGAAAGUUGUCGGAGAUCGCUGCAAGGGUGGGCGCGAAGAUAAGUUAAUGCCAGAGAUAAGGAAUUGUCCAAUUAAAGGUAUGUGAACGCCGAGAUGAAUUCUCUUUGUACUCGCAGUCGCAUCGUUGAUUCUGAAGAGGACGUGUUGCUACGAUUUAUGGUAGUUGUAUUAAGGCACAGUCAGGAGAUAUAGUUGAAUUGUACAUGUAGCUCGGUAUUGACGAAUAAAACGCUUUCCGGUUGAGUGUCGUGAAACCAAAAGCAAAGUUAUCUCUAGGGCCAAUCGCAACAAAGGAGAGUAUUACAAGGAGUCAAUGAAAACCGAGAAUAGAAACAAACAAACCGCUUGAAGCGCGGGAAAACGCGGGUGACGUCGACGCGGCUGGUUUCAGUUUUGCAUCUGAUUGGUGGAUUAGGCGGCGCGAUUAUUCUAGACUAAUGACGAGCGAAGGAAAACAAUGCGAUCCUCGAUUACUUCCGACACUUUAUUGAAAAUUUCUCUCCAUGAUAGCUAUUUUUAUGACUUCUUAGGAUACUGAGAAUUGUAAAGAUCAUUAACAGCUUCUCCUGCACCACUGAUCCAUAGUUUUUAAACCAUUGCACUAACAAAUAAAUUAGAGCAGAAUCCCAUAAGCGUUAAACCACUUUCGCCGGCAGAUCAUCUGUGAUGUGAUCAUUAUACCACCGUUUUACAUUUCACUUGAUAGCCUUCGUUUUCUUUCACGAAUGAUGAUUGCUAACAAACAUUUUGCCUUCUUCAGCACCUUCAGGUCUCAAAAUCACGUUUGGAAAAUUGUACGUGGAAACAAACACAAAAGUGACCUUCUCUCUUGCUCAGGGACAGGUAGGGGGGAAUUUUAAAUUAUGUAAAUAAUUGAGCAGGUUAAAUCUCACUGGGCCCCGCUCCAGCAACAGCGACCACCUCGGAAGUAUUUCCAAGACGAAGUAUUCAAUUUUUUUCACGCCAAUUUUUCCGUUGGUCAUAGGUGUGACUAAUUAGAAGCUAUUCAAACAAGGAGUCUUGACUCGAGUAAUAAUUUUUUUGGAUCAAUGUCAGUAUCUGAGCAACUGCGCCCCUACCCCUCCCCUCCCCUAACCCGACAACAGUCGGCUGAUUACAAGUUCGGAUUAAUAUUGGGUUAGGGGAGGGGUAGCUGUACAAGUGCUCAGAUUCUGACUUUGAUCUAAUUUUGUUGUUGUUGCGAUGACCAGAACAACACCGUGUGGAGGGUCUCCGUGUACGGCCAGGUUACUUAGAACUCAAAAUGGUGGCGUCCAUGUUCAAAGUGUCCAUACAUAUGAACUGUAUUUGAACUAAGAGAUUACUCUUCGGAAUCUUAAGAUGCGAAUAGUGGUAAUUUGUUAAAGAUAUCUUCUAAUAGUCUACGUCUACUUUAACAUCCAGGGCUCCACAGAAUCCACGUGGUAUGAAUGGAACUUUGGAGAUGGCAGUAAAAGAAAGAACAUCACUGGACUUAGCAAUGCUGAAAACAUCUCCCACAUUUUCCCUCAUCAUGGCACCUACAAUGUAAGCGUGGCUGCUGGAAACACUGCUGGCCAAGAUAACGGAACCACAGAAGUUAUAGUCCUAGGUAAGACGUAGAUAAAACUUAAAACAGUUUCGACAUCCCUCAGAAAGAAGAGAAACAAGAAUUCUACUAUAAGCUUAUCACACAGCAGUUAUCACUUUUAGAAAUUUCUCGGAAUUGCUUCCUCCUUAUGCCUUGCCUCUUGACACUGUUUAGAUUGUAAAAAGGUUUGCUAGUGCCAAGAAAUAAAGCAGUAGCCAUUUCGGGAAACGGGUUACGUUUGGCUUGGAGUACGAUAAGGCUUUCACGUUCUAUAACAGCCCCCUACCCUCUGAAGGUAGCCACAUUACUGGUCACCUCGUGCUGCAGAAAUUGCAAAAUCCCUCGACAUCAUCGGGUUGCUUUGGUAUUAAGGCUCCAAGUGUCUGGGUGGUUCGAUUAUUAAACCGCUUUGGAGAGAGUAAUAUCUGCUUUUAAGUCAUAUCCCUUGCUGAUUCUCAUAAGCUCCUUCAAAUUAAGUUUACCGGGGAUGUUUAACUGUCUUAUCUGCCUCUCUCCACUCAGGAGUUAAAAUGAGCACCGGCAAAGUGCUAGAACACUCUUGUACUGCAGUUGUGAGAGCAGAUGCUUACUGCAAUGGUUUUGCGUUCGGUCCUUAACGAGAGGCUAUGCCAGUUGUACUUUCACGUUUGUCUUUUUUGUUUUACUCGCGAUUCAUGAUAAUUUUGCCUUUUCUCUUUGUCUGUAGAUCUUAUUAAAGAAGUCGAUAUCGAACCGCCUCACGCAGUGGUAGUUGGCGUUGAGGCGUGGUUCAACGCCACUCUGCACUGCACUGCCUGGGCUCAACAGCAAACAUCAAGCCCAAAUUUUGGCUUAACACAUUACAUGUGGACAUUUGACCAGAACGACAAAAACACGCUUCCUUUAUUGACUUGGGAGAGCGAGGUGCACUACGUAUACAACAAAGCAGGCAGCUAUAAAGUGUCUGUCCAAGCCAGUAAUGGGAUUGGACAGACAACUGGCAGUACAACAAUAACUGUGUAUGGUAAGUGAACCCUUAAACCCCUCAGAGUGAUUGACAUCCUUGAAUCAAGUGUAAAGGUCAUGAGAAUAAAGGAAAUGAUCGCCAAUGUUAGAAGCUCCUGAUUGUAAAACAAAUUCUCCUUGCCAUUACCGUAGGAAAUAUGAAGAUUACUGUGUGGAGAAUAUGGAUACUAAUGUUUUGGUGUAAUAGGUCUACAAGGAUCCGCUCGGGGUGGGGUGGGGGGGGGGGAGAGAGGAGGGGGCGUUUGCAUCUUCUCUUCCUCCAAUGUGUAAUCCGUUGGCGGCGCCCCACAUAAAGGAUGUCCCCCCGUGUUAGACCAGAAUUUCUUGAUAGGCUGUUAGUCUUAGGGUGUUUUGCAAGGUUCUGACGGAAGUUCAAUAUUUUUCGGAGACUUCUCUGGAAAUCGCUCAGUCAUCACCAAAAUCCUUUUUUGCCUUUCCUUCCUUGGGAGAAAGUCAAAAUAAGCAGGACUUCUUCAAGGCAUGUCUUCUCAAGUCGUCCAUUUCUGAUAAAUAUCUUUACAAUAAAGGGUGGAAGAAGACAAGUAAGAUAUUUUUCAACACUAUGAGUUUUUACAAUUGAACCAAACAAUAAUUGUUGAAUGACUACUUUAGUUAACAUUUCUGUGAAAUAGCCGGUAACAUUUACUCGGGCAGCUGUUAAAACAAGAACCCUGUUUACCCAAGCUUCUGCCAUGCUUUGCUAGAGGUACCUAGAUCGGGGUGUUGGGGGGGGGGGUGUUUUGAAUAGGUAGGUUGCACAUCACAGUUUUACGGAGUAUAACGGGAAAAAUCUCUCUUUUUUUCAAACUGAAGUAGCACAUACGCCCAAAACACUCACUUCUCGAACGUAUUUUAACCCUUGUCAUUUAUGUCGUGUACGAGCUUAGUUUUCAACAAAAUGCCUUUCGUGCUGCGUGCAAGUGCGAAAGCGAAAGGUCUCUGGAAAAAGUUGCCUAAUCGGUUUUUUUUUUUUUUGUUUUUUUUUUUUUUUUUUUUUUUAUAACUUCAGAUAAUCUUCUCACUGUGCGUCUCUUAUUCGACGCGGUGUUGGAUGAAAGCAAUGACAAAACAUGGCAAUGGAGAGAUUUUUUCGCCAACCGUCUAGCAACCGCUCUUUCUAAGGUAAUACUCCGUAAAGACACUCCCCAAGCCAUUUGGAGGCGGGAGAUCUCAGACAAACUUCUAAUUUACAUUGAGGGAAACGUCAGGAUCUUUUAGUAUUAUUAUUAUCUUCAUUAUGAUCAUUAGUAGUAUUAUUUUAGCUUUUAGAAUUAUUUUUGUGAUUAUUGUUUAUAGAUAAACUAAUUUUUCACAGAGAAAGAGAUGGGGGUUUGCAUUUAACUCGUGACCUUUCCCCCCGGUUUGCAUUUAACUCGUGACCUUUCCCCCCGGAAUCAUCCACGUCCUUCAAGAGUUUGUUCUUGAGUGGUUUGGUUCUUAAAAUUUUGGCUGUCAGGGUUUUAUUUUGGUGUAUUUCUGUUUCCUUUCUCUUUAGAGAAAUUUUCCCUUGGAUACGUUAUGUAAGGAAAUAGGGAAAGCGCAGACCCUUAGAAAGGUUUUGUUUGCUUUUUAUUGUAAACUCCAAACAAAACACGACGAGGAGUUAACUAUAGAUAUUUUUCAUAAUCGUGUAAUCUUUUGCUGUCUUUUUUAGAUUCUGGAUGUCGACCCUAAACGCCUUGAAGUUUUUGUGUUACGCGGGCUGCCGACUAGAAGUGAUGUGUCUAUAGUUCCUGCUCAAACCAACACUAGCAAAUCAGCAGAUGAGGUAAGUGUUUGUAAUUUCAUUAUUCCACCUUCGAUAUAGGAGGACGCUCGUUAGAAAAUUUGGAUCGAGGCUUACUGGCAAACGACCUUCGAAGAAUGAAUAUAGAUGCGAACUACAGUGCCAAGUAACGUCUGCGCAUGUCACAUGUUGCCUGCUUAUCCAUGGCAAUAGUAUUAUACAAUCGUUAAAAUGUGGAAUUCCAUCCAAUCACAGCUAAUCACAACAGCAUAUAAGUAACGCGUACUCAAUCCACCUCAUCGCCUGAAGAAGACUAGCUGUAUGCAGUCGAAACGCUGCGAUCCACAUCCGAAGUGACCACAUCAAAAGGGACAAAGUUAUAAUUAAAUUUCUUUUUUUUUUUUUAAGGAAAACUGUUUGUUAUUAAAAUUUGAUCUCAGUACUAUUGGUAAACAAAUUUCAGUCUCUUCUCUAUACAGACAGCAAAACAGUCCCAUUUUCCUUCGGAUUAAGACUCCUAAGAUUUGGCAUCGUAGGCCAGAUCCUUUUGGAAAAAAUACACCAGACAAAACGGUUUUUUUUAGCGUUACCUUCCAGUUUCGCCCCCCACCGGUUUGCAGUUUUGUCUCUACGUUGUUUUGUUUUGUGUCAAUAUUUUGUACCGCCCGCCCCCUCCCCUCUCCCCCUUUUUUUCAGCUAAAGAUGUACAAGGGUACUUUUUAUAAUUUUUGCCAGAGAUCAUUUUCUUCUUUUGAAGAUGUCUAAGUGAUCAACGUGGUACAAGACUUGACUUGUCUUUGCUUCCUCAGAUUGUGGAUUUACUGAAGUAUAAGGUGGAGAUGGGUUCGGUCAAGAUCCGGCUGCCUAAGGAUUUGACUGUCAGAGUCACACACGUCGAGGUGCUACCAAAUAGAGGUACCUUGAUCUGUGAUACUGUAUCCAAUGCAUGCAACGAAGGAGAGAAGCUUCUUGCAUUCAUAUGAGAUAUCAUUUAUGAGAUGAGGAACUUGAGUUUUGCCUUUAACCCUUCAACUCCCAGGACUUAUGAACAUGUAACUUCUCCCUUUAAUAUCCAUACAUUAGCAAGCAAACAGGUAACGAGAAUACGCCAACUGAUCAGGUAGAGGUUUUCUUGAUCCAACACCAUAUUCUCGAAACUGAGGGCAGAAACCGUGAAGGCGACUUAUCAGGGACUUUGAGAAAACCACGACGGCGACGGCAACAAGAACGUAGCGAGACAAAGGAUCUUAUAAGCAAAACAAUAGCGAGGCUUAGCAACAAAACCUCGACAGCAAUCUAGUCCCGGUUUUAGAUUGAACUCAACAUUAAAUUUACAUGUCAUGCCGAAGUGAAGAUGAUUAUGGUCAGAAACGAUUGAGGUAUCGAGCUAGAGGCGAAAAUCUUGGAGGAAAAUUAAUUCCGUUUUUCGACCUUUUUACCACACGUCGCUGUUAUAACAUCUUAAUCUCCCAAUUUAACUUUCCUCAAGUUUUUUUUUAUGUCUUUUGCUUAAGUUGAGGUGUGGCACCGCCGGAGACGUUGUACAUAUGAAGCACGCUCGUAGUUUUUAAUUUUAUUAUACAGUAUAUUUUUUGUGCAUUACGAUUUGCAAGACGGUGAGAACCUUCGUUAUUCUUGUUGUUUCACAGACUAUGGUGGCGGUGGUUUGUUUCCAACAAAGUCUUCCGAUUCCGGCUCAGGAACGCAGUUGGCCAUUGGUGUUGGCGUCGCUGCCGCGCUCGUGGUUGUGUUUCUCGUUGGGACUCUGGUGUAUUUCCUCAGGUUUGUGAAUGUUAUGAUGGAGCAACAAGGUUAUUAAAAUGACUUUUAUUUUGACCUGCGCAUGAAGUUGAGUGAAGUAAUGAUCCCCGCAGCGAAACAAUUUUUUGUGAGUUCUUUGUUCCCGUAGAGAAAUAUGAUCAUCAUUUUAAUGCUGUUGAUGGACCACGCGCAGUCCUACCUCAGUGUUGGCGAGGUCCAAAAAUAGAAUCGAUGUUAAAUGAAUCGUGAAUCGUAGAAUCGUGCUAAACGAGUUCAAAUCCAGGAGACAGGAAAAAGGACUAGUUCUCGAGAUAACUUUAUUGCAAGUGUAUCAACGUAACCACUCCGGCACGCUAUCUUUUGCGAUAUUUCUAUAAAAGGUAUCUCUAAGGAUUGAGCAUCAACUUCUCAUUAGUAGCUAACAACGAGAUGUAUUUUCAUUAGUUGGGAGAAUUCGGCCUCUGAUCUUGAGAGUUAAAGGCUCCAUCUUUCUUGAUAUCUCAAGGCCCAGAACUCGGGACCGAUUUCAGUCUGUGGCUAACAACUCCCUUGUACUCCUUUUUCAGACGCUACAACCUUUUACGAAGCCGCUACACUCACCUCCGCUUAUACAGUGACGGUGCACAACUGAGGGACCCCCUGGUAGAAAGCGAUGACUGUGAGAAUGAAGAGUCUUUGCAUCCGCAGCCAGGGGGGUCGUUGCGUUAUGUACCCUUACCCACCAGUGCAGCACCAGACGCCGACAGUGAUGAAGAACUAAUAGACAACUUCGGGACGGGUAAGUAAGCAAAAGGCAUGAACACAGUAGACCCCGCUGGCCGUAAAUGAGCAUUAGUAAUUUAUAAAGUAUGAAACGGGACGGGAAAUGUUUUAAAGUCAGCUAUCGAGCUAAGUGGCCCGUCUGGCCGCCGAUUACCGCCAAUUGGUUUCCGUAACAUGAACUGAAAACAAGUUUAGCCACUCCCUCCUGGGUGAGUCUGCUAGUACCCAUUUUUACUCCUGGGUGGAGAGAGAGAGGUACUGUGAUAGUUGAGUGUUUUGCCUAAGAAAACAGCAUAAUGACUCGGCCAAGUCCUGCAUCAAACCCUCUUGAUUCCCAGCACCAUUUGCUACGGCACCGCUUCUCCUGCUGCUGUAUGGUACAAAAUUGGAAAUCUUUCUCAAAAAAUUAUGCCGGGAUCGUUUAAAGUUCCCUACAAUUGCUGCUGUACUUGUUCUUGUUGCUUAUACGCGUAAUCCGCCAUUGUUAAACUAGUCCUAUCCGUGAGAUACAAAGCGCGCACCAUAUGUACAGGGCUGUGGGCCUGUUACUUAUUGUCUUGUUCGUAUAAACUUCUUACGACCACAGUCAUUAGUAGGUCGCCUAAUUUAACGGUCAGUCGACAAGAUCGAGUCGUGCUGCUAUAGUUUAUCAUAUAGUUUACCGAUACGAAAUCUGUUCUUUUCAUUUCAGGAUCUUUAGCUCUUUUGCCUCACAGUCAAAAUGAUCCAGGCCAUGGAGGAAAUACUAACAACUGAUUAAUAAUGAUAAGAAAUAAUCCAAUUAGUAAAUAGAGACACGUGCAGUGGUACUUGUUGUUCCAGGAAAUAAGCCACUACACUACUCAGUAGAUUGUAGACUUAAAGUAACCAGUCAACCCAUAGAAGAGUCAUUUAAAGGGGUCUUGGAUGGGAUGAGGUGGGGGGAGGGGGGGGGCUCAGAUACCAUGUUUACACUCCCCCCCUCCCAUCCAAAGAUUUUCAUAUCAUUUAGUUUGGUGUUAGGACUAAUUGUCAAGUAUUGGGACUAAAACAUUCUACUCCCACUUCACACCUCCAAGGCCAUCUUCCUUUUUAAUUUUCCGUCCCCGUUUACUCAGUGAACGAGAAUUUGCUAACAGAAUAAGUAACGUUAUGCAGUUCCGUUGUAUUUAAUCUUCCGAGAAGGACAGUCUUUUAAGUAAAAUGACUGUUCAUACUAAUAUCUUACGAGAGAGACAGUAACAAGGUUAGGCAAUUAAAUAACUUUUUGACAAAAUUGUUCCUUUGAGACGAAUGGUGACCUCUACCUCCUAGAUGGUCGUUGUUAUUUUAAGCAUGCGCAUUAGUAGACUCUCAGGUAAGCAACGGUUUAGAGGUUACAUGUGAUGGAUCUUUUUAAUUGACUAUCGAAAUUGUUCUUGGUUCGUUUCGUUCUACUACAUUGUUCUGUGACUGGUCAGAAGAAAAAUUGCACCAUCUUCUCAAUCAAUCGAAUACUUGACCACUUGAUACGUUGUUCUCACCUGAAGGCUUUGAAUUUCAGUUCACUUCCGAUAAUCAGAUUUGCCGCUUUCAUUACUUUGCUAUUGUUUUGUUUUGUGUUUAUGAUACAGUCAUUCGAAAAGCGCUUGAACCUCUCAAAUGAAAAAGAAAAACUGCUGUCGGCUGCUGCUUAUUUUCCUUGAUUGUGGACGGAGGCCCGAUUGUUUUGGUCAUGUGUAAGGGCACAUUUUAAAUUUUCUUACACCAGUGCCUAAAAGGAAAGUUCGUCUCUCAGGGUACUUUUUUUUCUCGUACUUGUGAUAGAUAUUUCACGUAAAAAUCAUUAGUUAAAUCAAUUUUGUAAGUGAAGGCUGUUGUUAUACAUGCAGUAACCUGAAGCGUCCGUCUGACUAACAUCAAAAUGCACUGUAGCUUGUAAAUAAUUUUGUGAACAUGACCUGGAAUUCUUUUUUUUGUGCAUUUGAUUUGAAAAUAAAUUAGUGUGCUCGCUAGCUGUUGCUUAGUUAUUGUAAGUUGACUUGCUUUACAAUCUCAACAACUUUAUUUUCAAUUAGAGAGGUGGGGGGGGGGUACUUAUUUAAGAAGGACCAGUAUUUUCUUAUUUUACCAAGAUGGUAGGUGUCUAUUUCGGGAAAGGUGCUUAUUAAGACGUGGAUCUUUUUUUGGGUAACUAUCCAAUGGUUCACUGGGUUCUUUGGGUUCAUUAUUACAACAACCUAACCGAAUUUUUUGAUCUUUUUGCCGGUGAAAAGCACCCAUGGUACAUUUGAGAAACAAUGAAUGAGAGAAUGAAAGAAUGAACGAGUGAAUGAAUAAACUUAUGAAACCAGCCGUAAUAUAUCACCACGGUGGAAC